AUGGCGGCGCGCUGUCAAGUUGCAUUCUCGCUGUUAUUGUCCCUGUCAUUACUUGUGUAUGUGUGCGGCUGUGGCAUCACGACACAUAUUGUCAUUUCUGAAAUAGCGAAGGAACACUUUGGCAACAUAAGUCCCACACAUGUUGAUUAUAAAGAGAUUAUAACCAAGCAUCACGAUGCCUUUAUGGCAGGAAGUCCUUACCCUGAUGCCUUCUACAGCUCUCUGUGUGAUAAAGGAAAUUACCAAAAAGUGUCUGAGGACACUCACUGGUCUGGUUUCCUUAAUGCAACCAUCAACUACAUCAGGAAUCAUUAUCCUCAACCUUGGGACACGGCCACAGAGAAACUGGUAGCCUUCAUGUUUGGGGUUGUGUCCCACCAGGUAGCUGAUGUUGUAUGGCACAGCCUCGGUGUGGACCAGGGCUUCAUAACCACAAUGGAUAAGGAAAAUUUUCAUGGUUCUUACAAUGAUGCUCACACAGCUGCAGAUUUUGGUGGGGAUGUGAUGAACUUGUUUGACACAGACGUUUCAAUGUACAUGGAUCCUCAGAAAGAAUGGUAUGUUCCUGUAGAUGACCUGACAAGGAUUUAUCAGGAGUUUUACGGUACGACCAGGAUCACCAGUCCAGUCAUCGACAACUGUUCUACUUUACUCCUUGUAGGAGGCUAUGCUGAGAUGGCUGGAGGCUCAGAAGCAUAUGCUGCUGUUGCCAAUACCAGUCCAUUUUUAGUGGAUCAAUACCGUGACUACUUUUUGGGUGGUGUUAAUGAUAUGGCUGGAUGGUCAGCUCGACUGUGGAACCGCACCAUCAACAUGCUGGAGAAUGGCACUAGUUCAUGUGUGAUCCCACACAAUCCACUGUAUAUCAACUGUAAUGGGUCAUCCUCACAAGAGUUUUACAGAUUUCACAACAAUAAGGAGAAGAAUGGCUUCUUUCGACAGCCUGACCUACGUGGUCUUACACAGGAUGAUGUUAUUGUGGAGAAGGCCUAUAGGGGUAUUCUUGUCAAACCAGGCCACAAGAUCAGAUCUCAGAUACAAGACAAGAGAGAUACUUUACUUACAAGAAGAAAAAGAAUCAUGGCAGAGAAAAUGAAAUUAAUGAGGAACAAGGAAUUGGAACAAAUGAAAGACAGUCCAAAUCAGAUGGGCAUCUACUACACACCGGAGAGAUUCUCUAAGUUUGGAUGGUCACUUGCUGUUGGUGACCUUAACGGUGACGACAAUGAUGAUCUGGUGGUGGGGGCCCCUGGAUAUGGUGGUGGAGGCAGUCCUGACCAAGGCAGGGUGUAUGUUUUAUAUGGGACAGAUGAUGGACUGCCUGUAGCUCAAGGAGCCUACUAUCUCCUGAAUAUGAAUAACCAGACCAACUGUACCCUUAAGGGGCCUCCACAGGCCCAGUCCCUGUUUGGUACAUCAGUGGCAGUGUUAGAUAUUAACCAGGAUGGAGAUUUAGAUGUGGCUGUAGGAGCUCCAGCAUUUAGGAACCAUGGACAACUCGACUACAAUGGAGCAGUAUUUAUCUACUAUGGUAAACUGACACCUAAUGCAACACUCUACCAGCCAAAUAUAACAAUCACAUGUAAGAGUCAGUACUGUAAUCUUGGAUUUACCAUGACGACAGGUGACAUUAACAAGGAUAGUCACCAUGACCUGUUGUUGGGGACACCAUACUAUCAGGUGGUGGCAAAUCAGAGUGGCAUUGUGUCAGCACUGCCCUCUAGUCAUGCUUACUCAGGACACAUGGUGAUAACAUUUGAAUCUUUAAUUGAAAAGUGGAGCCUGCAAAAUAAACAGGCUUACAGCUGGUUUGGACACAAUGUCAGAGUACGAAAUGGCCUGGUUAUGGUGGGACAGCCUUACUUCAGGAAAUGUAGUAGACCUGAUUGUCAGUUGACCCCGUCUGACCUCCAGACUGUCGGGGCGCUAAACCUCUACAACCUGGGAAUGACUUACAAUAUUUCUGGCCUCACUCUACAUGGAGAACAGCAGUUUGACUUGGCAGGAUACAGUGCUGAUGUUGGUUUUCCCUACGAUAAUAAAUCGCUGAUCCUGGCUGUAGGUGUGGUGGGGCGUGAUGCCUCUGGGGUAUACGACACUAUUCCGAUCCAUAUUCACCAAGCAGGAGUAGUAUUUGUAUAUAACAUCACAAACAACAACGUCCAACUCCUUGCCACCUUCACGGGCGACAGACAAUUUGGCAGGUUCGGCAUUUUUAUCAAGUUUGAAGAUGUAAACGCGGAUGGUAUAGAUGAUCUAAUGAUUGGAGCACCACGACGUAAUUCUGAUGCUACAGACAUCAUACCACGCUGGUUUUCAAAUGAUUACGAUGGUAAAUUGUAUGUUUACUAUGGUGGUAAAUAUUUUCCUAAGGGAAAUGCCACAUACUCCUCCCAGUGUGGACUUUACUACCCCUGUCCUGAGACAAUGGCCAAUUUUACUACUGACGCUUAUGGAUACAAAUUGAAGAUGGGAUUUAAUGCUGCUAUCUUAAAGGCAAAGAAUCGGAACAACAUGGUGACGUCGGUGUUAUAUGGUGACGAACAUUUCGACAAAUGGUCUUCUCCGACCGUGUAUGUAUACAGGAUAAACACUACAAGGACAUCUGACGGAGAAGAGGUUGGAGGUCAAGGGUCAAGUUGAUAAAAUCUAACGUAUUUGUACAUUAUCAGAUUUAUCUAUAUCUUUGUGUUCUUGAUUUAUCUACAUUGAAACCUGAUCACUUUUUUUUGUGUUAAUCUGAUAUUUGGUAUAAAUGUGUUUUUUGUAAUGGUAUAUGAGAGGAGAAAUGUAUAAGGCAUACAUUGUACAUAUAAGAUAUGUAUGAAAUCUUCAUGAAAUAUACAGAUGUAGAUAAUGAUAUAUCUGAUGUAUGUAAGUGUAAGGAUGACGUUUAUGAUUAGAGAAUAUUUCAGGAAGAAGAUAUUUAUUGAUCAGAGUAUAAUUUUGUUGAUUAUUUUAUCAUUACAUUAAUGUUUAUUGACAAAAGUUAUUCCGGUGAUGUGUAUUUUUAAAACAUUCUGGUGAUAAAGAACCUAUCAAUUGAUAGCCAAGUCAGAUAAGAUAUGGUAUAAAUUCAUAAGAAAUGUUGUGCAUUUUCAGGGAUUGAACCUGUUUUUCAUUUGUACUAGGUAUGAAUCCUUCCCUAGGUAUACUACAAUCUAUACAAAGUUUCAGUCCAUGCGAGUCCUUGUAACAAAUAUGAUCAUCUUGCUUAGGUGAUUUACUAUUCUGGGGAUGUGUGCUUUAAUGGAUUCAAACCAAAUGUAGUCUGAAAUAUCAUUGUGGGAAUUCAUCAGAUUUGUCAAACCACCAUCUGUAAAUUCUGUGGUUUGUUCAUCCAUUCAUUGACUUUCAGAUGACUGUUAAGGGCCAUGGCUCUCUUGUUUAUAAGAUUUACAGAGAGAUGUUUCUAUUUACCUCAUAAAUUAUUGGCUGGUACUCAGGGAUCCAUAUGGUGGAGUAUUUUUGUAUGAAAAAUGGAAGAAUUUUCUAUUCAUUUUAUGAGAGUAUAUGGUCUUUUAAUUAAUUUUGAAUUUCUAUAACUUUGAGACAAAAGAUAACUUUCAUGUGUACCGAUUG